AUGACGUCUAGUCAGGAAAAUCAUCAGAGAACUACUAGACUGAGAAGCUACCUUCUGAGACCAAACCGCAACAUCAACAUAGCAGCAUGGAACGUGCGGACUAUGUUUGAAACUAGCAGAUCAGCACAGAUCGCCAAAGAGAUGAAGCAAUAUGAUAUCAGCAUUCUUGGCAUAAGUGAAGCACGUUGGACAGGCUCUGGAAAAAUAACUUGUAAUAGUGAGACCAUCAUCUACUCAGGCAAGGAUCAAGAUCACCAGAGUGGCGUAGCAAUAAUGAUGAGUAAAGAAACAUCAAAGACACUGAUAGAAUGGUACCCUGUGAACGACAGAAUACUGUACGCUAGGUUCGAUUCCAAACACAUCAAGCUCAGUGUGAUUCAGUGUUACUCGCCAACCAACGAUGCUAAUGAUGAUGAAAAGGACACUUUCUACAAUCAACUUCAGAGCGUGCUACAUCGAACACCGAAACACGAUAUGGUGAUAGUUAUGGGAGACCUAAAUGCUAAAGUGGGAAAGGAUAACACCGGCAAGGAGGCAUGUAUGGGAGCACAUGGCAUUGGACAAUUAAAUGAAAAUGGAGAACGUCUACUAGACUUCUGCGAGAUAAAUGGACUAGUGGUCUGCAACACAAUCUUUGCACACAAGGACAUUCACAAGUACACAUGGGUUUCACCAGAUAAGAGAACAAAGAACCAAAUAGACUACAUCAUGAUCAAUAAGAGGUGGAGGAGAUCAGUUAUAGAUGCUCGGACGUACAGAGGUGCAGAUAUUAACAGCGAUCACAUACUCUUACGUGCCAAAAUACAACUUAAGUUAAAGGCAACGAGGAAAGUGCAAGGACGUAGGAAGUUUGCAGUGAAUAAACUUAAACAGCUAGAGGUAAAGGAAGCCUUUAAACUGGAACUGAGGAACAGAUUCUCUGCACUAGAGACCAUGAAUGAUGAAAACAACAUAGACGGAAAGUGGGAUAAUAUCAAGGACUGUUUUACUUCCGCUGCAACUGACACAUUGGGAUAUAGGAAAAGUGUGAAAGAAGAAUGGAUAACAUCAGAUACAUGGACUCUAAUAUCAGAGAGAUCAGAUCUAAAAUAUUAG